CUAAAUCACAGCCUCCUGGGCUUCAAAUGAAACGUCAUAUAAAUGUACCGAAUAAUUUCUUGAAAGCAACGUCAAAUUUCAAAUGGUCAUUAUUUUUGUUGCAAGAAUUUCACAUUUGUGCCAGUUUUAAAUUAAAUUUUAGGUCCAAAAUGUCCAUUAUAAAGAACCUGUUCACCAACAUAUCCGAUCCGAAGCAAACAACUACAAGGAAGGUAACUGUGGUCGGAAUAGGCGCCGUAGGAAUGGCCACAGCCUUCAGUUUGCUCUGCCAGGGCAUCACUAACGACGUAUGCCUGAUCGACGUGAUGGAGGAUAGGCUAAGAGGCGAGGCCAUGGACCUCCUGCACGGUUCUUUGUUCCUGAAAAACCCGAAAAUCUCGGCCAGCAAAGACUUCACCGAAUCGGCCGGUUCGAAAGUGAUCAUCAUAACGGCAGGCGUGAGGCAACAGGAAGGCGAAAGCCGUUUAGACCUAGUCCAGAGGAACGCCAACAUAAUGAAGACCACCAUACCCAACCUAGUAGCCCAAUCGCCCGACGCCGUCUUGAUAGUCGUCAGCAACCCCUGCGACAUCCUCACCUACGUCGCUUGGAAAUUGAGCAAAUUGCCCAUACACAGGGUGUUCGGCUCCGGCACGAACUUGGACUCGUCGAGAUUCAGAUUUUUGAUAUCGCAAAAACUCGGCUGCAGCACGUCCAGCGUCCACGGCUGGAUAAUCGGCGAGCACGGCGACUCCAGCGUGCCCGUCUGGUCCGGAGUCAACGUAGCCGGUGUCCGUUUGAAGGAAGUGUCGCCGAAAUUGGGCGAAGACGACGAUCCGGAAUUGUGGAAGAAAGUCCACAAGGACGUGAUCGAAGCCGCCUAUCAAAUCAUCAAGUUGAAGGGGUUCACGAAUUGGGCGAUCGGCCUGAGCGCUGCCUCGCUGGCUAAUACGGUUUUGACCAACCAGCAUAACGUUCAUGCCGUGUCCGUUAUGACGAAGGGCCGGCACGGUUUGGAUUACGAGGUGUUCCUGUCGCUGCCGGCCGUUAUCGGUUCCAACGGGGUCGAGAAGGUGGUGAUGCAGCAUUUGUCGCCCAGCGAAAGGUGCGCUUUGAAAUUCUCCGCCGCUAUGAUGGCCGAUAUUCAAGCCGGUAUUAAAUUGUAAAUUUCGAACGGUUGAAUUGUUUUUCGGAUUGUAUGCUGUUUGGGGAAACGAAACUUGUCGGUAUGUGCAGGAAAGGUUUGUGCCGGUUUGUGUAUACAGUCGCUUAAAAUUUUUAUAAGUAUCUAUUAAACAUAUGUUUUAUA